UUGGUGGACUGUUCUUCCUCCAUCCCCUCAGGGGGGAAAAACUGUAGGAAGAAAACGAUGCAUAUCCAGCGUUUCUCAGAGCUGUGAUUGGAAAGCAGGCAUGUCCCGCUGCCCAAUCCAACAAACAAAAACAAAAAAAUACUUUGCAAAAAGAUGGCUUUGCGCUCUUUCUAAUUCGGAUCUCAUUCUGUGUGGAAAAUGUAAAUUAUUUGAGUUGGGUUUUUUUAAUACAACAUGUUAAAGCUCAAGGUGUCUGCAUGUAACCGAGCGCAGCAUCUGAAGUAGGAGGAGGAGCGAUAUUACUAGAAUGACUUUUCCUUCAACCUACGGAGUGUUCCAUUCUAUGGGGGAUUUUUAGCUAGCCUCAGCCCCACCUUUGACCUGCAAUAGUAACAGUGGACUACGUUGCAGGGCUGUCGUAAGCUUUUUCUCAGCCUCAGCAUCCCACCCUUCAUUUUGAAGACAACAUUUCAAGAGGAGGACCCCAUGAAUAACUGUUAGGUUUUGACCUACUGAUUUUUCUGAUAUAUUGGCACAAGAAUUUGCUGAUAUUGGCGCAAGGAUUUGCACUGGCAGGUUGACGGUUAAACGUUUGCAAAAAAAUUAAAAAAAAAAUAAAAAAAAGCAAGGUCGCAUUUCUCACAUGAAACAGGCCCUGAAAUAUAAAUUGCAGGAAACUGCUGUUUUGUGGCCGGGGAGGAACGAGUUGUUGAGAAUCCACAGCUAUGUUACAAUACAGGAUUUCUGCAUUCUUUUCUAUGGGCGGGGGAAAAUGGCUCCUCCAAUGCAAACCUGGAAACUCCCUUUCCAGAUAAUGAGGUUGGCUAUCUGGUAUAUGUGAGCCUGCUAAACUGUCGCGUAAACGCUUCCUGCCUUUUAAAGAGACAGACGUGGAAGCGAAGGGGGAAGUCGGCGGUGCGCCGCCUGCCUGGCAGAGCCGGUGACGGUUAGUGCGCGCCCGUGGCAUGGAUGGAUGUUUCUCAGGCAGACGAAAAUGCUGAGGCUGACGACCGGGUUGCUUGCCGCCGCCGCUCUGAUUGCAGUGCUAGUGGACUGGUACAGCCCUUCGGGGCAACAGCAGCAGCCGCCGCUGGUGCAAGCCCGCUCCUUCUCUCUUGAUCCAGUACCUGGACCCGAGGCCAACAACCUCUUCUGGAUAGUUCAGGUAUCAGAUUUGCACAUCAGUAAGUUUCUGGAUCCCAAACGAGCUCCUGAAUUUGAAAAGUUCUGCACUGAAACAAUUCCUAUAAUUCAACCAGCUCUUGUUUUAGCAACAGGUGAUUUGACAGAUGCCAAAACAAAGGAUAAACUUGGGUCUGACCAAAUUGAGGUGGAGUGGCAAACUUACCAGACAAUCCUGAAGAGAUCUAAAGUAAUGGAAAAAACCAAAUGGAUAGACAUAAAAGGGAAUCAUGAUACGUUCAAUAUUCCAAGCUUGGAGAAUGUCCAUAAUUACUACAGGAAAUAUUCUGCUUGGCAGAAGGAUGGCUCUUUCCAUUACAUCCACCACACGCCUUUUGGCAAAUAUUCUUUCAUCUGUGUAGAUGCAACCCUCACUCCAGGCCCCAAGAGACCUUACAACUUCUUUGGGAUUUUAAAUAAGAAUAAAAUGCAAGAGCUGUCUUCAUUGGCUAAAGAAGGUCAUGGCAGUAACCACACCAUUUGGUUUGGUCAUUAUCCCACCUCCUCAAUAAUCUCUCCAUCUCCAGGAAUACGAACAGCAAUGCGCUCUGCCACAGCCUAUUUGUGUGGGCACUACCAUACUAUGCAUGGUCUGAUGCCAGUCCUGCAUACCCGGCACCAUCAUGGCACUUUAGAACUGGAGUUGGGAGACUGGAUGGUUAAUAGAAAGUACCGGAUUCUUGCUUUUGAUCAUGAUCUCUUCAGCUUUGUUGACCUGAGAUUUGAAGAAUGGCCUGUAGUUCUUAUCACCAAUCCCAAACCAUUCCUUUAUAGUAGCUCUGCUCAUGAACCUCUACAGAGAAUCCUUCAUUCUACUCAUAUAAGAAUUUUGGCCUUUUCUCCUUCUCCUAUCAAGUUUGUCAAGGUCAGUAUUGAUGGGGUUCAUCUGGGGAAUGCUGUUCAUGUGUCUAAACCUCUCUACAUACUGAAAUGGAACCCCCAACUCUACAGUCAAGGAUUUCAUCAGAUAAAUGUGACUGUUCAGGAUACCAGUGGUAAGAGUGCUACUCAACUUCACACAUUUGCUAUGGAAGAAAAUCUCUCUCUCAAAUUUGACCUCCUGCCAUCUUGGGUUCUUCUUACUGAUCAUUAUAUAUGGAUUCGAGUGGUGUUUGCAUUAGUGGCUGUAGUUCAAAUUGCUUUGCUGGUUAUGUACCGGUAUCUAAGGAGCCCAACACUUCAAGAAGCUGAGCCGUGGGCAGCAGUCACUAGGGAUGAAAGUCCAAUGCCAGGAUUGGGAGAACUAAGAGUAUGCCAGGAAUCAAACCAGAUAAAUGGUCAGGACAGGAGCCAAGAGUCAGGAACAAGCCAAGGUCUCUUAAGACCUCCAGGCAUGGCGAUGCGAGUUUCUCUUUCUCUCCACAUCCUGAGUAAAACAAACUUCUUCUAUUACUCAUUUUUGCUGCUAAGUUUGUACACUGUACUAGGACCCUGGUUUAUUGGAGAAAUAAUAGAUGGUCACACAGGCCUCUGUUUUUCUUUUGGGAUAACUGUUGGUGGCCAAUUCUUAGAAGGCAGUAUAACUUUUUUGAUUGGAAUACUGCAGGUGCUCUUUUUUAACCUACCUUUGAUGGCAUAUCUGUGUUGGUGCCUGUUACUGCGUUGCCAAGGGCACUCCUUUCUCUCCCACCUGCGGAAUGUCAAAUGGUAUCAGACUGUGCCUAUCCACCUAAUUAUGGCAGUCCUAUUUUGCUGGCAAGUCUUCUCCUGCUACUUUUUGCUGCAGACAUAUGGAAUUCUGGCUUUUUUCCUCUCUCCGUUGAGAACUUGGGUUGUGGGGUUUACCUUAUUUCUGACCUACAGAACUUGGACGCUGAAGUCUUCUGUGCUGAGAGCCAUUACUGUGAAGAUGAAAAACUAUCAAAGCUCUUAAUGGCUCCUCUUCAAGCAGCUGAAGUACCCUUUCACUCGGUUUGUUAAGUGGUGAAGCUGUGAAUAUGACUCACAUUGCCUGCCUCAUGAGUUGCUUCCUUAUGAUAUUUGUUAAUGAAGGCCUGUUUUGAAUGGCUGUUUUUUUCAUGCUAAUCAGUUUCAGCUGGGACAUAGUAAUCGGUUGUGAUUGCUUUUACUUUUUCCUGUUUACAUAUGAUGAAAAACACGUAAAUCGUGUAGCACUUGUGACUUGAUUUUGAACAGUAUGGAGGAUGUAUAUUGCAAAUAAUGCUGUUCAGUGGUAAUGGGUACGGAUACAAUCUGGAUAUGACCCAUCAAAACUGGUCAUAUUUUCCUUUUUAUUUCUUUUCCUUAGAACCCAUCCCAUACACUUUCAAAACAGAUUUUGAAAUUCCCUUGGGUUUCAAAAGUGUGUUAUUAUGUAGCAUUGGGACUGCCGUUGGAAAAACAAGUCCAAAGUUGUGCUAGUCGCACCAAAUCACAUGCUCAGUUUUCUGAAUUGUUAAAUCUGAAGUGUUUUAUGCAUGUCUAUUUUUCAUAUCAGCAACUAGUUUGCUAUGGAGUGUGCCUGACUUGUACGGCCAUGUAUGGUCAUAAUUAAUGGCUUACGUAUGACGUAGCACUCCAUAGAUGCAAGAGUGGGGUGUACACACUGCUUCCAAGCCACUGAAUAGCCCAUCCUUGCGGCUUGCGAAUGCAGAGCUGUUCCAUGUCUCCUAAAGAGUGUUCCAUCGCUGCUGCAUUGCUACUUGAAUUAUUCCUAAUGGUGCACUCUUUUGGAUGCAUGGAACAGCCCCAGAUUUGCAAGUAGUGAGGAUGGGGUGUUCAGUGGCUCAGAAGCAGUGUCCAUUCCUCACACUUAGAUCUGUGGGGUGCUGCACAGUAAGCCGCUGAGAUUAAGAUGUAUAGUAUCUGCACAUCACAUAGUCUCAAUCCUGUAAUAUGUGAACUGAACUAUACCUCUGUGUGUGCAUGUACACACCAAAAGAAUGCAGUAACCACAAAUACUGUGUCGUUCAUCUUGUUCCAAGAAGGACAGAAAACACAAGUGUAAAUUCAUGCUGUUGUUAAUUUAAACUUAAGUUAAUGUAGCAAAUGUAGAACUACACUUAAUAGGAAAUAUAGCACUACUACUAAAAAGUCAGCGCCAUAUCUAUAUUUCCCCCUUUCAUAAUAAUUACCCUGCUUCCACCACACCUCAUUCACUACUGCUGUCAUAUGUUGAUUGUUUUCUGUGCCUCUGCCAGCAGUAGUGAAUGAAGUGUAGUAGAGGCAGUGAUUAGGGAUGUGCACAAACAGAGGUUCGUGCACUGGUUCGGUGCCAAGCCCAAGAACUGGCGUGUGGUGCCAGCACACAUGGCAUCUGUGCAUGUGCAGGCACCAUUUGCAUUGUCAGCAGCACCAUGCUGACAAUGCACACAGGUGCUUGGGACAAGUGCUGCCGCAGCAGGAAGCUGAAUGUGGCAGAUCCUGCUCCUCUCUCCAUGGCACUGAACCAGUUCAGAUGAGGUCAGAACCAGUAGUGAAUGAUGUGUGGCAGAAGCAGGGAAUAGGGAUGUGCACGAAUCAAGCUUUGUGCACUGGUUUGGUGCCAAACCCAAGAACCUGUAUCUAGGAGGGAAAUGCACAGCAUGUGGACAUCGGAACAAGAGGUAUGUUGUGCAGCAUGUUACAGAAGGGGCCAUUUCAGGCAGUGGUACUGUGUUCUGUAAUGUGUAGUUUCUUAAGAAUUCCUCUCACUUGAAUAUUAAUCUUUUCUAACUUAAGAAGUUUAUAUUUCAAAUUACUUGGAAGACAAUAUAUAAAUUAAAGUUGAGUGAUACACCAACUAUGCUGCUAAAUGUACAUAUAGUUAGAUAUAUAAAUUAGUUUUGCAGGAUCAUGCGAUAUUUGCUAGGCUGAGCAAAUACUUACAUGACAGGAAUGUAAAGGUCCUAUGGGAUGCAGGAGCAAGCCACAAGCACUUGGAACAUUAUGUAUGACUGACCGUGUAUGUAUGUGCGUGUGCACGCACGCUUGUAUAUGAGUAUAAGCCGCCUCUGCAUUCAUCUUUUGUCCUAUAGUAGAUGAACUGCAUAAGUGAAGUGUAUUUGCCUAUGAAUAUAUGUACAUAAACCCUAAAGUGCAACCUAAUUGCAAAAUAUAAAUUAAUAAAAUAAGGAUGUGUGUGGAACUCACUCAACUGUUA